AUGAGUUUCCAUCGUCGUCGUCAACUACCAGCAUCUCCAGAUGACAUUGAGCAGGGCAAUGUCAUGUACACUCCGAUGACUCCACAAAUCAUGCGACGGUGUCAUCCACAUCUUCAGGAAGUGCGAAGUUUCGAUCCAAUGCUCGUUUCACAGCUCAGAACCGAAUCGUCUCAAAAUCGAGAACUACUGUCAGGAGAAGGCACCGACGGAUAUUUGAGUGUCGACAUGAGAAAUAUACCAUUAAGAUCACAAAGUUUCAAGCAUCGGCCCAAGCCGGCCGUUGAGGUCCGCCGUAUGGCCGUUGACAAUGAGGGACCACAUGAACGUCGUCGAAGCACGCCUACAGUAUCUAGAAGGCCAUCACUUCAGAAAUCCAGAAUCAUGGAACCACGGACCGAUGUUUGGCCAGAAGCCAAGAAUUCCGGAUUGGAGGAGAGAUUCUUGAAAUUGCCCGAUUCAGAGGACUACACCAGAGUUCGUCAAUUCAAAAUCGAUGAAAAAGGUGCGGUGGUGUCUCGCGGGGACUCGUUCCGUCGUAAACGUACACCAACCUAUAAAUCCGACAAAUCCCCAUCACCGUUCCCAGUGUCUGUGUCCACCGAUUCUGCCAGAGGAUCCAGAUCCGAGUCGGAAGCCAGUGAGCCACCGAUUUCUGAUGAUUUGGGAAAAAUGACAAUUAACGAUUUGACGAAUGCAUCGACUAGUCAUAAGACCUACAAGAUCUAUGUUGUUGGAGACACUGGGACCGGAAAAAGCUCGUUGAUUUCUCAAUUGAUCACUAGCGAGUAUAAAAAUGCGUUUGCUGAUGAGAUUCAAGACUACGAGAAUACAGUAUCCAUCAAUUUGGGAGGUGUCGAGUGUGAUUUGGUCUUCUUCGAGUCGGAUUUGUCAGACGCCUGCUGGCUGACAAAUGAAGUACACGCCUUCCUGGUCGUCUACAGUAUCGAUUCGAAAUCCAGCUGGAAGCAGGCGGUGAUGGCUUUGGAGAUGAUUCGUGAUCGUCCGGACUGUCGUAACAUUCCGACACUAGUGGCUGGCAACAAAAUUGAUUUGGAGAGAAAACGAACGGUGACCAAAAAUGAAGUCCGCUCAACUCAAGCCGCUUACGGUUUCGCUGAUUUCGAAAUUUCCGUCGCGCUAGAUCACGAUGUCGAUGAUUUAUUGAUUGGAUUAGUCGCUGAAAUUCAGGAGGCGUUCGCUCCAGAAAUAAUUCUUCAUAAACCAUCGCCACGUCAUCACCCCGUUGACGACUUCCACAGUGCCAUCAGAAGAUACUCGCAGAGAAAGAAGAAGGCGCCGUUGAACGACUUGGAAGGAGGAAAAUGCUCGGUCCUCUCACCAACCGGAUUAUUCGCCAAAUUCAAGAAUUGGCGACGUGGCAGCACUCCGCGAAUAGAGACCAACUAA